AUGAGAGUGAAUUGGCUCAAGUCGGCGCUCCCCGUCGUCCUGACAGGGGCCUUCGUGUCUGCCAUUGAUUUGGACGUUAACGAUGAUCAAUCUCUCAAGGACGCCGCCGGCACCGCCUCCUACAACGCAAUGACCUACUACAAGGGCAACGAGACGGGUGAAACCCCCGGCAAACUGCCCAAAACCUGGUGGCAAGGUGCUAUGCUCUUCGACACAAUGAUCCGCUACUGGCAUUUUACCGGCGACGCGUCCAACAACGCCGCCGUCAGCCAGGGCAUGUACCACCAAUCCGGCGAUAACUCGGACUACAUGCCGACCAACUGGAGCUCGUACAUCAGCAACGACGACCAGGCGUACUGGGGUCUCGCAGCAAUCACGGCCGCCGAGCUGGAUUUCCCCGCAAAAUCCAAGCAGCCGGCAUGGGCUGAUCUGGCGCAGAACGUGUUCGAUGACCUGGUGCAGCGGUGGGGUGGAGAUUCGUGCGAGGGUGGUCUGCGCUGGCAGAUCUUUCCGUAUCAGAGCGGGUACGCGAUGAAAUCGGCGUCGGCUAACGGCGCUUUGUUUCAGUUGGCGGCUCGUUUGGCUCACUACACGGGGAACAAGACGCAUUCCGACUGGGCGGAGAAAGUCUGGGACUGGAGUAAGAAGACGCUGAUAAAUGAGAAAGAGUGGAAGGUUGCCGACAGUGUCGUGACCGAGGAUAAUUGCAAGCGCGCGUCAGGGGACAUGCAAUGGACGGCUAACUACGCCCUGUACCUGGGAGGUGCGGCGUAUAUGUAUAACGUGACGGACGGCCAAGAGGAGUGGAAGAAGAGUAUCAAUGGUCUGCUCACCACCACCCUUCAGACCUUUUUCCCCAAGAAGCGCAACGGCACCAUGUCCGAAGUGACCUGCGAGGUCAGCGGCAACUGCAACCAGAGCGAACAGACCUACAAGGCCAUUCUCUCGUCCAACUUGGCGUCCAUCGCCCUGGUGGCGCCGUACACGGCGGAGGAGAUCCUGCCCAAAUUGCAAGACUCGGCCACCGCGGCGGCGAAGCAUUGCACCGAGGGCAAGGAUAAAAGCUUUUGCGGCCCCAAGUGGUACGAGAGUGACGACGAGGAGGAUAGCAAGCCCAACAUCGGCGAGCAGAUCAGCGCCACUGGUCUUUUUUCGGCCAACCUGGUAGCCUUCAAAGACCAGGCUCCGCUGUCCUCGAGGAGCACGUCCGGCAACAGCACGAGCGGAAAUGACAAAAGCACCCGUGCCAGUGCCAGUGCCAGUGCCAGUGCGUCAGCCAGCCCCAGUGCGACCGGGGAUGAGAAUGGGGCUGGAACCAUGGGUGGCACGCGCAGCUGGGCUGUUACUGCCGCCAUUGUGGGAGUUGUCAGUCUGAUGGAAUUGGUUGGAUAA